GCAGGAAACCCGGCGCAGCCGGGCGCAGCGGGCCGCGAUGCAGCAGCAGCAGCAGCAGGAGUCGCCCCGGGGCAGCAGCGGCAGCAGCAGCAGAGGCAGCAGCGGGCGGCGCUGAGCCACCGUGGCCGCCACUACUGAGGAGGAAGCCGGCCCAGCUGCCGCUGUGUGCGGAUCCCCGCGCCCCAGUCCCGGCUCCCCGAUCCCCGCGCCUCGACCCCAUCGCCUCGACCCCCGCGUCCGCCUCCGCCAACUUUCACGCUGCCUCGGCGGCCCGGCCCGGCUCGACGCCAAUGGUGGAGGCCAUAGUGGAGUUUGACUACCAGGCCCAGCACGACGAUGAGCUGACGAUCAGCGUGGGUGAGAUCAUCACCAACAUCAGGAAGGAGGAUGGAGGCUGGUGGGAGGGGCAGAUCAACGGCAGGAGAGGUUUGUUCCCUGACAACUUUGUAAGAGAAAUAAAGAAAGAGAUGAAGAAAGACCCUCUCUCCAGCAAAGCUCCAGAAAAGCCCAUGCACGAAGUGUCCAGUGGAAAUGCUUUGCUGUCUUCUGAAACAAUUCUAAGAACCAAUAAGAGAGGCGAGCGACGGAGGCGCCGGUGCCAGGUGGCAUUCAGCUACCUACCCCAGAAUGAUGAUGAACUUGAGCUGAAAGUCGGUGACAUCAUAGAGGUGGUAGGAGAGGUGGAAGAAGGAUGGUGGGAAGGUGUUCUCAAUGGAAAGACUGGGAUGUUUCCUUCCAACUUCAUCAAGGAGCUGUCGGGGGAGUCAGAUGACCUCAGCAUUUCCCAGGAUGAGCAGCUCUCCAAGUCAAGGCCUGAAGCUCUCCUCCCUCCAGCUUCUCUGCUGCCCUUUCCAGCUCAUGGAGCAAAAGGAAAGACUACCUUUGAAGGGACAAUUCUGUACCGAGCUGCACCUGGAAAGACGGAGGGCCACAGACGCUAUUACAGUUUAAGGGAAACCACAGGCUCUGAGAGUGAUGGGGGUGACUCGAGCAGUACCAAAUCUGAAGGUGCCAAUGGGACAGUUGCAACUGCAGCAAUCCAGCCGAAGAAAGUUAAGGGAGUGGGCUUUGGAGAUAUUUUCAAAGACAAGCCAAUAAAACUAAGACCAAGGUCGAUUGAAGUAGAAAAUGACUUUCUACCAGUGGAAAAGACUAUUGGAAAGAAGUUACCUCCCACUACAGCCACUCCAGACUCUUCAAAAACAGAAAUGGACAGCAGAACAAAGACCAAGGAUUACUGCAAGGUGAUAUUUCCAUACGAGGCACAGAAUGACGAUGAAUUGACAAUCAAGGAAGGAGAUAUAGUCACUCUCAUCAACAAGGACUGCAUCGACGUAGGCUGGUGGGAAGGAGAGCUCAACGGCAGACGAGGAGUGUUCCCUGAUAACUUCGUGAAGUUACUUCCACCGGACUUUGAAAAGGAGGGGAAUAGACCCAAGAAGCCACCUCCUCCGUCCGCUCCUGUCAUCAAGCAAGGGGCAGGUACCACUGAGAGAAAACAUGAAAUUAAAAAGAUACCUCCUGAAAGACCAGAAACGCUUCCAAACAGAACAGAAGAAAAAGAAAGACCAGAGAGAGAGCCAAAACUGGAUUUACAGAAGCCUUCUGUUCCUGCCAUACCGCCAAAAAAGCCACGGCCACCCAAGACCAAUUCUCUCAGCAGACCAGGCGCACUGCCCCCGAGGCGGCCUGAACGACCAGUGGGGCCCCUGACACACACCAGGGGUGACGGUCCAAAGAUUGACUUGGUGGGCAGUACGCUAUCCAGCAUCCUGGACAAGGACCUCUCGGAUCGCAGCAAUGACAUCGACCUAGAAGGUUUUGACUCUGUGGUAUCGUCUACUGAGAAACUCAGUCACCCCACCACAAGCAGACCAAAAGCCACGGGGAGGCGGCCUCCAUCCCAGUCCCUGACAUCCUCAUCCCUUUCAAGCCCUGAUAUCUUUGACUCCCCAAGUCCCGAAGAAGAUAAAGAGGAACACGUUUCGCUUGCACACAGAGGAGUGGACACGUCAAAGAAAACUUCAAAGACUGUUACCAUAUCCCAAGUGUCUGAUAACAAAGCACCCCUGCCACCCAAGCCAGGGACCAUGGCUGCAGGUGGCGGCGGUGGGCCAGCCCCUCUGUCCUCGGCGGCACCCUCCCCCCUGUCGUCCUCUUUGGGACCAUCCGGACACAGAGCCAACUCCCCGUCUCUGUUCGGCACGGAAGGAAAACCAAAGAUGGAGCCUGUGGCCAGCAGCCAGGCAGCCGUGGAGGAGCUCAGGACACAGGUUCGCGAGCUGAGGAGCAUCAUUGAGACCAUGAAGGACCAGCAGAAACGAGAGAUUAAGCAGUUGCUGUCGGAGUUGGAUGAAGAGAAGAAAAUCCGGCUUCGACUGCAGAUGGAAGUUAAUGACAUAAAGAAAGCUCUUCAAUCAAAAUGAAUACUUGAUAAAUGAAAUGUUGCAUUAUUCAUCCUGAGUCUAAGACUCAAAUUGUCCGCCCCAGCCAAAAUAACCUUGUGCCAAAAGAUUAAAGAUUUGCCUCAAUAUGUCCCUGUUUGAAAGAUUAGCACAAAAGUCUUGAUAGCACAACACAAAUUCCAUCCAAGAGGAGACUACCCCAUGGUCUAGUCCUGGGUCUGGCACUGGUUGUGACUUACACAGAGCAAAUUGUGCUAAAGGCUUUUUUUACUAUGAGAUCUCAUGUGAAACGAAAACUCAGGCAGUUUAGUCCAUAGUGGUACUAUUUUGAUGAUAUUUUCCAUUAAUAAAAUGUAAUUUCAGAUUAUUCGUUUACAAGCUUUAUAAUUUUAUGAUUUUUUUAAUCGUGUUUUGUCACAGAUUCCCCCAGUAUUUGUAUUACACAUAGUCCGGAGCGAGCGUCCCGUUCUUUUGCUGCAGGUGGAAAGCUGCCUCGCUUUAUGUCCCCUCUAGGAGUCUAUUACAUAUGCAAUUUUAGGUCCAACCCAUUCUUCCCUUGCCAGCAAACCCCACCAUCCUGAGAUCAAUUUUAGCUUAUAUAUGAUGGUAUAUUUACAAAAAGAGAAAGAGAAAAUCUGGUAUUUGCAAUGAUCUGUGCCUUCUUUUUACCAUCCUCUUGAUUGGAGCUUUUGUGAUGCAGCUACCAUGAUUCAAAAAAAUAAAAAAAAUAAAUUUAAAAAGUUUGGGUUUUUUUUAGCCGCUUAUCAAAGUCCACUAGAGGCCACUGUCUUCACAGCUUCUAUCCCCUAGCCAAAGGUCCUCAGAGGAGACGGCUGUGAAGCUGCGCGUGCUCUGUGGUACCAGCUGCGACUUUUAAGUUCUCCUAGUUUUAGGUUGUUCAUGCAACUAGAAAUGUCACCCCUGCUUGAUUUUUCAUCAGCCAAGUAAAACCCCUGCUUCCUGUCCUUUGCACCUUUUGCGUGAACAGAAUAUGCGUUAUUAAAGCAAAAAUAAAUAAAGUAAAAUGCAAAUGAAAA